AAGCGAGUCAUGUAUACAGUCCCUCCGUCAUAGUCAGUCAUCAUCACAAUCACAAUGGUCACAACAACUGACAACACACUCCCCUGGACUCCGUUACAUCAGCAUAGAUUGAGUUAAGAGGACUGGCAGUGCACUCAAUUAACACACUUUUGAUUAUAAAUAGAUAAUGGAUACCCGGGAAAUCAUCUUAUCUUGCUGAGACUGAGAUAUUGUUCGAUUGUUCCAGGAUUCCGUGACCGUGUUAGAAUCUGUGGACUGUGUACCACACUGGUUCAGAAUUCAGGAAAAAGCAAUAUUAAAAAGCUUCACUGUCGAUCCACUGAUCCUGGUCACGGCGAACGCUGAAAAUGGCUACAAAUGUGCGUGGGUCCCCAACUUUUGUGUGGGACACUUCAAAGCCACUAGGGCAAGGAGCUACCAGUAUGGUAUAUAUGGGCAGGAAUAAGAAAACUGGAGAUGAAGUGGCUGUCAAAGUUUUCAACUCUCAGAGCUAUCAGCGGCCUUUUUCUGUUCAACGUCGUGAAUUUGAAGUCAUGCAAAAACUGAGCCAUGAGAACAUUGUGAAGCUGCUUGCCAUUGAGGAAGAGUCACCAAGCCGGGCAAAAGUUAUAGUGAUGGAAUUCUGUACACAUGGCACCUUGUACAACCUCCUUGACAUGGCUGAGAAUAACUUUGGAUUGGCUGAAGAGGAGUUCCUGCGGGUGCUUGCUCAAGUCACGGCUGGUGUGAAGCAUCUGAGAGAUAACAAGAUCAUUCACAGGGACAUAAAGCCUGGCAACAUUCUACGUUCUGUGAGGGAAGAUGGAAGGUCUGUUUUUAAAUUAACUGACUUUGGAGCUGCCCGGGAACUGGAGCAAGAUGAGGAGUUUCUGUCUUUGUAUGGCACAGAUGAGUAUCUGCACCCAGAUAUGUAUGAGCGUGCCGUUUUACGGAAAUCAAGGGGCAAACAAUUUGGUGUUUAUGUUGACCUGUGGAGUCUGGGAGUCACAUUUUACCAUGCAGCCACUGGUAGUCUCCCCUUCAGACCCUUCGGAGGCCGAAAAAACAGAGAAACAAUGCACCAAAUAACUGCGAAAAAAGAGCAUGAUGUGAUCUCAGGUGUCCAAGACACUCACGGUGGGCCCAUCCGGUGGAGUAAAGAUUUACCUCCUACUUGCAGACUGUCCAGAGGUCUGAAAAGUUUAAUCACCCCAUGCCUUGCAAAACUGCUGGAAAAGGACCAGAAUUUGACAAUGACAUUUGAUGACUUCUUUCUGCGUGUGGAUGACAUCGCGUCAAGGACUCCGUAUUAUGCCUUCUGCCCCAGUUCUUUCUCCCUUCUCACACUGUAUGCACGAGGGAGGGAUGACAUGUCUCAGUUGCGCCAGCUGAUCACUGAUCAGACAGACAUUCCAGGUGGGGCCCAGCUUCUAAUGGUGGACGGCAAGGAGCUGAAGGACGAGUCCCGUGAACCUGUGUCUAGCUACCUACCUCACGUCUCGCCCGAGCAUCCUAUCUUUGUGUUCAACAAGUUACCAGAGUUUAAGCGGUUCAUCAAACCUGCUGUUGGCAAGUUCCCAGACAUCCCACCAGAGACCAUGGUUGACACAGAUUACCCCCUGAGCAAGAAAUGUUACGCUGUUCUGCACUCUGUCAGAAACGCUGUCAAGGUCAUCCUCCAGUGCAACAAUCUAAUGAACAUGGCAGUGAAAAUGUACAGCAAUCACAUUCAGCACAAAAGUUUGGAGAUGGAGCUUUCAAUGGGCCACGUGAUGCGUGGCUGUAGUGAUGCUCGCUCUUGGAAAGAGCACCUCUUCUCAUCACUUAACACUCAGGCUACCCUGCUGAAGGCUCUGUCUAACAGCAACGUCAAGCCACCAGGCCUGGACGUGAUGGGCCGGGCAAACAUGUUGCAGACCAUUUACCAGACGGGGAACAGAGAGUGUACACAGGUCUCAACCUCGAUUCACAGCAAGCUGGAUAAAGCGGUGUCAAUGCUGGAGAAUAUCAAAGUGGGUCAAACUGCUGAUGCCGGGUGGGACCCCAGUGUAGGUUGCAUGCCAUCCGACAGAUGCAUUGAAAAAAUGGACGUCCUGAUCAGCAAAAUGCACAAAGUUGUGUUAUCCUUUAAAGAAGACCGCAGCCGGCGAGCAUUGAACAACAAUGAUGAACAGAUCCACAGAUUUGACAAGAAUAAACUGAAGGAACUGUGUAUAACUGCACGAACCCUAGUUGAGGAUCACUGUGUGAAUCGGGCCAGUAUGUUAUUUGAGGCAUACAAGCAAUUCUACAGUAAAGUGGUUCAAAUCCAUGACUCUGGUGAGAGGCUGGAUGCUCUGGUCAUAGAUAUUUACAAACAGCAGAAAAGGCUCUGUGACAAGCUCAAAGUGUCGGGAAAACAGUGUGCUGCUCAGACGGAAAGCUGUCUCUCUGCUCUGGGACAGACGGAACCUGUGACUAACGGGGAGGUCAGCAAUCACGGCGAUAACGGGACAGCCAGUUCUCUGGGCACUAGGCAGGAGAGACUGGACGGCGUCCUGGACGGUUUGCAGUUGACCAGAUCGUCGUUGGAGGAGGUUCGCGCUCUGCUGGAUGAAAACACUUCCCUCAUGGAAAGGUUCAGCUCUUUGCAAGACCAAGACCAAGGGGAGGACGACAAGUCAUGGGAGUAUGUCCCCUAUCAAGAACAAAAUGCUCGAUAACCCAAAAGUGAUGAUUCUGCUGUGAAGUAUUUCCUGUGGAGUUUGUUGAUUGUUGAAACAAUAUACUGUUAAUGACAUGCCUUUGACUUGUGACUUUGUACAGCUUCUUCUGUAGGGAACUUGUUGCCUUUUGGAGCCCUAGUUGUACAUUGGUUGGAUAAAAACUUUGCUGUGGACCGCUGUCUUAAUGUCUUGAAAUAGAUGUAGGAAUGUUUGAAUAGGCCGACCUUUAACUUCACUCAAGAUAUCAAGGUAAAAAACCCAUGAAGUUCCAACAUGUGGGUGGUUGGCUAGUGCUGUGGUGUGGUUUGCUUCUUCUUUCCCACCGAAUAUCAUCUAUCAUUCUUA